AUGUCUGUGGUGAUACUAGUAAUAAGCAUCUUCAACGCUGAAUUUUAUGCAGUUGUACCAUCAAUACCAUGCUCUCGAUUAGCACUGAUAGGAAAAAUUAUUCACCCUCAGCAAGUUAUCCAUUCAGUUGUUCAUGCUAUAAUGGGAAUGUUGGUUGCUUGGUGCGCUGCAGUUAUGACAAAAGGGAAGUUCCAGUUUCUUGCUGUGCCUUGCACGCCUUCAGACAGCCUAGAUGAUGCUGUUCCUCAGAUAUGCCUAAAUGAAUACCACCUCUUUUUUCUACUUUCUGGAGCUUUCAUGGGAUACAGUUAUAGCCUUUGGUACCUUAUUAACAACAUGAAUUAUUUGCCUUUUCCAAUUAUACAGCAAUACAAGUACUUAAGAUUCAGAAGAUCUUUGCCACUCCUCAUUAAACACAGUUGUGUGGAAUCACUAUAUUUUCUUAGAAACUUCUGUGUUGCAUAUUACUUUUUUGGUUACAUCCCAAAGGUAUGGAUAAGUACCACGAUGGAUCUUCAUAUAGACAGUAAAUUGUAUCCUCUUGACACUCUGAGUGGCUUAUUGGAUGUCUCCUUGUUCUACCAUGCCUGGUUAUGUGGCGUAUUUCUUCUGAUUACCUGGUACAUUGCAUGGUUACUCUUCAAAAUCUAUGCUACAGAGACACAUCAUUUUCCUGUCCAGCCAACUUUUGCUGAGGAGACAGACCAAUGCCUGCCUAAAAUCUUAAACAGCAACCCUCCCCUCAUUAUAAAGUUUUUAGCCUUACAAGACUUGAUGUUACUUUCCCAAUAUUCUCCUGUUCGACGACAGGAAGUCUUUAGCCUUAGUCAGCCAGGUGGGCACCCGCACAACUGGGCUGCAAUAUCAAGGGAGUGUUUGAGCCUUCUGAGUGAUCUGACCCAGAGGCUGAUCACACAGCAGGAAGCUGCAGCAGCAAAUGGCAGAGCAAAGCAGCCAGCAGGAGAGCUGAAAAUAUCUCCACAGACUCCAGGAGCUGUUGUGACAGAAGACGUGUCUUUCCAGUCACAGAGGUCUAAUAUCAUUCUCAAAGCCUCCAUGACUUCACUGGUUAAAUCAUCCCUAAUGCCUUUAAAGACAUCGCCUGGGUCUGAUGUUGGUUCGCCUUUCAGCUCACCUACUUUAAACAGCAAGAUGGGAAUUCUGGAUGUAAACUCUCCUUGGCAUGGAUCAGUCCGAAGUCCUCAAGUUAGGAGAAGGGGACCAAAGCUGUGGACGUCAGGUUCAGAUCUGCAAAUGAAUGGUUCCCACCACGAAUCCUUCCCAGUGCUCUCUGCUACAAGAGUUCUCAGUGAGGCAGUACAGCCAAGCUUUAUUUACACCUGGCUUCAGAACAGGCGAGAACAGAUAAAAACCUUCUUGUCAAAACGAGUGCUGAUAAUGUAUUUCUUCAGCAAGCACCCAGAAGCCUCCAUUCAAGCUGUCUUCUCUGAUGCCCAAAUGCACAUCUGGGCUUUGGAAGGUCUGUCUCAUUUGGUAGCAGCCUCCUUUACUGAAGACCAAUUUGGAGUUGUCCAAACUACACUGCCAGCUAUCCUGAAUACUUUACUGACUCUUCAGGAGGUUGUAGACAGAUAUUUCAAACUGCCUCAUGUUUCUAGCAAACCUCCCAGGGUUUCAGGAAGUCUGGUGGACACGUCCUACAAAACGCUACGAUUUGCACUUAGAGCAUCUCUGAAAACAGCACUAUACCGAAUAACUACUGUCUUUGGAGAACACUUGAAUGCUGUGCAAGUGUCUACAGAACAUAAGAAAAGACUUCAGCAAUUCUUGGAAUACAAAGAAUAAAUAACAGAUUCUGAUGCAGCUAUGUUUUUUUUAACACUCUUGGUAAGAAGAAAGUGGGACUAAUGAGCCUUUUUAUCUUGGCUUUUUGGAAAAGCAUAUGGAAGUACAAGUCACAGAACAAAACUCUUACAACUGCAGAAGAACUCUUCUGGGUUUGGAUCAUCUUUUGUAUAAUAAAACUUUUUUAAAAUUCA